CCCAGGAUUGGCGGAGGGAGCUGAGUCCCGCCCCAGCGCGCUGGGUCUUGUGGGUGAAAGCGCGCUGACUGGGUUUGGCGUUUCGCGCACUGCAGCGUUGCUGAGACCCGGAGUUGAAGCCGGGGCACGUGAAUUAGCUUUAACAGAAGAGAAAUGGAGGAACCAUAAAACAUUAAGGAUGAAUUCAGGAAGACCUGAGACCAUGGAAAACUUGCCUGCCCUCUAUACUAUUUUCCAAGGAGAGGUUGCUAUGGUGACAGAUUAUGGAGCCUUUAUCAAAAUCCCAGGCUGUCGGAAGCAAGGUUUGGUCCAUCGAACUCACAUGUCAUCAUGUCGUGUGGAUAAGCCCUCUGAGAUUGUGGACGUUGGAGAUAAAGUAUGGGUGAAGCUUAUUGGCCGAGAGAUGAAAAAUGAUAGAAUAAAAGUAUCCCUCUCCAUGAAAGUUGUCAACCAAGGGACUGGAAAAGACCUCGAUCCCAACAAUGUUAUCAUUGAGCAAGAAGAGAGGCGGAGGCGGUCAUUCCAGGAUUACACUGGACAGAAGAUCACCCUCGAGGCUGUCCUGAACACUACCUGCAAGAAGUGUGGCUGUAAAGGUCACUUUGCAAAGGAUUGCUUCAUGCAACCAGGAGGGACCAAAUAUUCUCUGAUACCUGACGAGGAAGAAGAGAAGGAAGAGACAAAGUCAGCAGAGUUAGAGAAGACUGACCCUACAAGGAAUUCUUCUAGGAAAAGAAAGAAGGAAAAGAAGAAAAAGAAACACAGAGACAGGAAAUCAUCUGACUCUGACAGCUCAGACUCUGAGAGUGAUACAGGCAAGAGGGCAAGACACUCAUCAAAAGACAGCAAGGCAGCAAAGAAGAAGAAAAAGAAGAAGAAGCACAAGAAGAAGCACAAGGAGUGAGAGUAGAAAGAGUGAAAGGGGUGGUGGUUGAGAGGAGGACCAGGAGCCUUGUGCCUUAACGCCAUGGCUCCUAGAAAGCCUUGAUACUGAGGAAUGACCUCCCACCCCAUUGACUUCUCUCCCUUGGGAGAUGACUUCCCCUGACGCAGCUGGCAGGUUUGGGAGUUAGGUGUCAGAAACAUCUGCUUGAAUGAGUUGUUUCCUUAUGUUUUUGGUCCCUUUGCAAGUGACCCCAUGCAGCUCACCCAUUCAUUCAUUCAACUUCAUUCAGCAGAAGGUCCUAUUACCCUCUGCAGCUGCCACUGCCAGAACUAGAUUCCUGUAUGGGGGAAUCUAGGCUAGAGCCACAGGUGGUACUACUGUGGUGAGUCUGGCUGUAGUUGUAGUGCUGCCCUUUACUGAUUAUUGGGUAAUCUCUGCUGCAUCCAAUAUGGUGGCAGAGGUAGAGUGGCAGUAUGAGGUAGAACAUGGUGAGAAGUGGUGCUCACUUUUUCCACACCCCUUAAUAUGACUCUACGCUAGAUAACCAUUGUGGUCACAGCCAGAAAACCAUUGUUUGCAGUGACUGAGCUUUUGUGUGACAUUUCACCAGAUAGCUUGAGCUAAGAUUAUUGUUCUACUUUGUUCUACUUUGUAUUUACUACUGUGUGAGUCAGUUGGUUGCACUUCAGGUUUCUGCUUAAAUUCCUGGCACUAAAUGAAGUGUGUUUGGUUCUAAA